AUGAUGUUGACCAAUGGCAGCUCCUUGGCCAUUUGCAGAGUGGCAGUGAUGUCAAGGUCCCAGCUUGACCUGCAAUGUGCGACGCUUCCCGGAAGAGACGUGAGGCCAAUAUCGUCAUUGCGCACGAACCUCAGCACGUCGGUCAUUUUUGCCUCCGACCACGACAGCGCGGAAAACCACUCCACCCACCAGCUCCGAUGGGAAGGAGAGGAGGCCACACCCCCGAGUUGUAAGGGUUCGUUGUCGGGAAGAAGCGAAAAGGGCAAACAACUCAAACUGCGCGGCGUCUCGCGCGAUGUUUCGGCCUCACCAGCGCUUGGCAAAGCCGCGUGUUGGACUUUCAGAGCGGCUGGGGCUGAGGCUUUUGCAGAAUGGCCGAUGUCCCCUGCUUUGUGA